CCAUAUCCAUUUUCUAUUUUUCUUCGUCCUCCAUAUCAAGUAUCAACACAACCACAAAACCCGUAUAACAAUGGCGGGAGUUUGAAUUACAGCCCCCCAAAAAAAUAAAAAAUCAGUGUCAGCUAUCAAUUCGAGUCAAAAAAUGGAAAAUCCAAGUCACAGUGAUGUUGAUUUGCUUCGCAGGAAUAUUCAAGAGUUUAGAGAUAUUCAAAGAAGCUGUAUUGAAGAUCCAGAGUCAUGCGGUUUAGAAUUGAAGAAAUUACUGGAAGAUUCUGCACUUCAGUUUGAGGUACAAAAAAAAGAAGAAGAGAAUUUUGGAGAUUCUCGAACUUUAUAGCACUUUGUUUUUAUUUUUCACUGCUUUAUGGAUAGUUUGUAAAUAUUCAAAUUUUAGUUAAAAAUGAAUUUAUUGUAUUAACAUUUGCGUGAUUUAGCUCCAGAAGUUGGUCAGGUUAAAUUGACUAGUUGAGCAUACUCGUUUAUCAUUUUGAUAUAUUAGAAUAGAAUUUGCAGUUAUCUUAUAUAACUUGUUUUCCCUGCUCUCACGGGGAAGUUAUUUUCUUGAUUUUUAAGGAACUUGUUUUCCUAUAGAAAAUAUUCCGACCAAUCAAAUAUGAGAAAAUUUGAAAAUAUUUUUUGAAGAAUAUUUUCUUCCAUACCAAGCACACCCAAAAUAUCUAAAGAAUUUAAGUUAUGACAGUGUAAAAAAUAUUUAUAUAGGUCACUUUAAAGCUAUGUUGCUCGAACUCUUUAAAAGUGCUGCCGCACCCAUGCCGUAUCCUCCAAAAAUGCACUAAAUUUGGAAGAUCCGACACAUACCCAACAACAUUUUUGAAAAGUCCGAGUAACAUAGCUUUAAAGGACAUUGCAGGUAAUUCUAUUAACAAGUAUUGAUUGUUAAACUAGCAUAAAAGGUGAUUAACCUAUUACAACAGGUUAAAUUAUACUGGUGGUGUAAAAAUUCCUUUAUACUGUCAGUGUAUAUAGCUAAAAGGAAAAUAAAUUAACUGUUUUCAGUUGUGCCUUUGGUUGAGGAAAAUGUUCUGGAUUAUUUUCCACUGUUAGUUGGAUAUAUCUUUGAGUGGUGUAGGUUGAAAACAAUGUCUAAGAGUUAUCGAAACAAGUAACAUGGAGUACGAGUUGGGAUAUUUGGAAAGGAAAAUGACUCUUGUCAUAAGCUAAAGAAGCCAUUUUCCACUUUUAUGUGGAAAUUAUUUUCAUUGAAGAAAACAUUUUUCACUAUUUACGAUAACCAAACAAUGAAAAAUGAUUUCAUCAAACAAGACAUUAUUAACGAUACCAAACACGUUAGCUCCGAAAAUUAUCAAUUUGACUCUGGAUAAGGGACAAUGAAUGAAUAAAUUGGGACCAAGAGAGGUUCUUUUUAAAUUUGAUUUUUUUUCUUUGACGGCCUGAAAUGUUCACUAUAUUUUUCUGUCAAUGUCGUGUUUGUUCUCUAUGUAUGCUUUUGCAGGCAAAGUGGAACAUAUAUUGUAUGAUGCUUCAGAAGUUAGCUUCUCUUCUGAUCAGGAUAUAGAUGAAUUUUGGGAAUAUUUGAAGAAUGAGCUAAGCACAGAGGAGGCUAAAAAUGCAAAAAUAGCAGAUGAAAUUGAGGGGCUUUCAAGGGAAUAUGUUGAAGGUUAUAGCAAAUUGGGGAACGGGAUUGAAGGCUUAAGUUGUUCUUUGGAGCUUAUUGAAUCACAGGGACUUGAACGUGGAAGAGUACUGGCAAAUUUUGCUUGUUCUACACCUGGAGAAGAUAAAGGAAACUUGUCAAAUGCAUCUGCAGAAUAUAACUUUAAGAUCUUAGAAUUAGGUAAUCAGCUUGAGAAGAGCAACAUGAAUUUGAAGUCAUUGCAAGAUCUCGAGAGUACUUUCAACAGGUUUGAGGCUACAUAGGAGUUUGAAGAUGCAUGUUCUGGUCUUAAGAUAGUUGAAUUUGAGGGGAACUGCAUCAGAUUAUCUUUGACAACUUCUAUGCCAAACUUAGAAAGCUUGCUGCAGUACCAAAAGAUUGUUGAUGGUGUUGAACCACCAGAGCAAAAUCAUGAGUUGUUAAUUGAACUGAUGGAUGGAACCAUGGAGCUAAAACAUGUUGAGGUAUAGUUUAUCAGCACUAUGUGACAUAAAAAUUAUGAGUAACUCAUUUUUCUUUCCACUGACAAGAUGAUGUUUCAAAAGAGUACAAAGUGGCAUAACUUUAUACGUAUGAAAUGCUAGCAUGUCACAGAAAACAAAUCUAAAAAUACAUUUAACUUUCUCCGGACAGGACGUUGGCUCAAAAUGGAUUUAUUAACCUUCUUCAUAUCUGCCACAAAUUAGAAUACUUGUCCACUUUUUGAUACAUGGGCUACAUACAUUCUGUAGCAACUAGCAAACAGUCAAAAGCCUAAAUAUGCCUGGUGUUGAAGUAUCGAAACACCUUAGGCUAAGACAAUUGGAUUUGUUCUUACGAAGAGUAUGUUAGAUGAGAUACAACAAGCCAUAUGCAGAAAUUGAAAACUCGAUCAUUCCGUGUUAUCCAUUUUAUUUGAGUGCUUAAAAGAAUGGGAGGGUUUAUAAGUCAUAUA